AUUGCACAGCACCACUGUCUGACUGCCUGGCUGCCUGAACAACCAUUCUACGCCUGUCGACGCCGACGCCGACACCGACAUUCACCACAUCGCCGACCCUGACCCCUCCUUCAUCGACGCUGCUUGCCGCCGUACUGAUCCCCUGCUGCAAGGUACCGCUCGCUCGAGCUUGAAACGGCCUUUCAUGUGCCAAACGUCAUUCCCUACACCACGCGCGCUGUCUUAAGCAGCCCAGCUUGCCAACCAGCAACACACUCUCGUCCUUCUCCAUCUCCCAGCAUCCACUUCAACAUGGCACAGACUGCUCCUGCUCAGAGUCCACCUUCUUCGGCUCCUAAGAGGCCUAAGGGUAAGCUGCGCGCAUCCCUGCCAGCCUUGUUGACCACACACUGCAGUGCAGCGAGACUGAAGCAAGGCUACAGGUAUUCUCAAGAACUCGAACUCCUACCAGUACACGUCUCCCGAUGCGCGCGUCAGCCCGACUUCUGAACAGACGCCGAGUUUCAGCAAUCACGAUGGCCAGACUGACGGCAGGCCGGCCAUGCCUCCCCGUGAAAUGUCCGAGAAAGAAAUCACGCAGAUGAACACGGAAGCAAAUGCGGGCGGUCACCGUCACAACAGCAACAACCCG